GACAUACACCAAAUUGUUGCUGGGAUGUCCUCUGGAAGUUCAGUUGUGAGUUCCCAUGAUUCCACUCAACCAAGUGGAUCAAGGUCGAAUAGUUUCAUUAUUCAACAAUUCUACUACAAUCUAUCUGCUAGAACCGCUGCUAAAAGAGCUGGAUAUCCCAAUUUAGUUGAGCAGGUUUCUGGUUCGGAUCCUAGGGACGGCCCUAAAAGAGUCGCGGCUUGAGGUAUAGUGUAGUUGGGGUGAAUUCUACAAUAUGCAAAUAUGAAUAGGAACUGCCAACAUGCCUAUGAUUUGCGCAAGCUCUGAGGAAACUGUGAGCCUUGAUGAAACAUAAGACCUGCAACAUUUCUAUAUCUUGUACAGUAAUAUAUAGUGUAUAGUGAGACAGCAAUUGCUUCUGCAACGUGCCAGGAUGACUCUGGAAUUGCCUCACAUCGAGUGUGUUAGUUUUCUUGAUAAAUUACAUUUGUAACAAAAUAAUGACUGGUUUGUAGCCUAUACGUAGGAUAAGAGAGUUCACUAAAGAGUCAUAGUUUUGCAAGUUUGUUCUCUUGAAUGAAUGGAGAGAAGAGGAAAAGGACCCUUUAAGUGCUACUACAGCCUAGAUACUAUGUAGUGUGGCUAAGAUUGGUGGUCUAAUUGGUGUCUUUUAUUCUUGUCAAUUGUUCCUUCUGA